UUAAAUGAUCGCACAUAAAUAAAUCCAAAGGUGAUAAUUAGGAGGAAAAAGAUGGCGUCCAGCAUAUAGGCGUGUGCUCGAUGCUCAGAUAAUUUCAUUGUGAAUACCAAGAAUAUUUCUUGCGAUUUUUGCAAAAAGUUGUUUCAUCAUCAUUGUGCUGAGGUCGACGACAAAUUAGCUAAAGUUAAGCGUGAUUGUGCGGGAAUCAAAUGGUUCGGCAGCGAUUGUCUUCCAAUGAUAAAUGGCAAACUGAAAAUGGCAGAUUUUGGGGAUGCAGUAUUUAAUCGAAAACCUGAAAAGUCUGAAGUUAGAAUGGUGUCUGGUUCACGGGCGUCAAGGAGCAGUGCUAGUAUGCUAUAUGAUUUAGCUGUAUUGGAAAAAGAAAUUGAGUGCCUGGUAAGAGAAAAAAAUUUGAUCGAUAAAAUCGCAAACGAGGGAGGUUAUAUUGUGGAAAUUCAGAAAAAACUCAUAAGUGACCUUGGAGAUAAAUUUUUAAGUCAGCCAGUAGGCAACAGCAGCAAAAACAAAGAUUGUAUUUCGUACAGUGCUAUCGUGAAAAUAGUGGACCAUUCAUAUUUGUUGAUUAAGCCUGCAGAUCGUUCUACUUCGUACAAAACUGUCGAAAAUGAUUUUAAAUCUCGUUAUUCGCCCGGUGCUCUUAAUGUCAAAAUCAACAAGACUAAACUCAUCAAAAAUGGUCUGAUGAUCAGCUGUAAUACUAAAAAAGAUGUAGAGACUCUAAAAGAUUCUCUAAAAUCUGAUUUAGGAAGUAAGUUCGAUGUUUGUGAGCCUACCAAAAUGUUUCCUAGAAUGUUGAUACAAGCUGUACCUAACGACUAUUUCAAAAAUCCUGGUCCAGUGAUUUGUCAGUAUAAUCAAACAUUCAACGCUUGCCGGUUGAAACAGUUCGACUAG